AAAUCAUUGUCAUAAUUAGAAAUUUGCAAAUUAUAGAAAAUUCUGCAUCAAAAAAUAAAUGUGUAAGAACUCAUAAACAAUAAUGAAACCAUUUUCGAUCCAGAUCCAAAUCUGAUCAUGUUUGUUGACGUUUUACGGCGCAUAUGCACGACGACAAGAAAACAUUUCCAUCAAUAAAACAACGAGGCAUAUUCUAACAUACAAACACACACAAUCCAUAUGGAUGGAUAUAUGGCGCUAUUAAAGCCGGCUGUUAGGUUUGAUUGGGAGGUGCCGCACCCUACGAUCAUUUCUUUUUUUUUUUUUUUGGCAGGCACAUGAUGUUUAGAUAUCAUAUAUAUGAAAUGGUGAAUCAAUCAAUUGAUGGAAAAAAAACAUUUCCAUUCAGAUAAAGGCGCGCGCACUUUAAUUUUGAAUUUUUCACAAUUCUUGCACACGCUCACGACAAUGAUGAAGAUCGUCACAUUGGGCGUAAUGAACUUUGAUCAUUAUGGAUGUUUUUUUUUCAUUGGUGGGUAUGAUUCAUUCACCUCAUAAGCAUGUUUGAUUUUUUUUUUGACCAUCGGUCUUUUCUUUAGCAUCAUCUUGUUGUUGGCUCGUGUGAGUUGUGUGUGAUAAUCUUUGGGCGAAUGGAGAUGGAUUUAUGAGGUCGAAUGUGAAUCACGGCGAUUCUAUAGAUACAAUCCAGACACAAUUUCUAUUUCAUACAGUCAAACUAUCUUCAAUGACUGGUUUGCUGGCAUUAUGCUCACUCUCAGUUCGUUAGAUAUCUCAUCGUCUGUCUGUUGGCUAGAAACAUUGGCGCUCACCAAGAAGAGAGUGGGAUCAGCUCUGCAGCAUUGACUAUUGCUCUUUCUCGUUGGCUCUUUUUGGUUUGUCAAUAAUAAUAUUAUUCCUUUAAUUUAAUAUUGCUGCACACUUUUUGGAGAAAUAAUCAUCAUUUCUGUGGCCACAUUGGCAAUAUGGCCAUCAAUUUCUACAAGAAUCAUGAUCAAAUCGUUUCAGCUUAUAAAGAAGUAUUGGAUGCCAAAUGUUCAACCAAUUGGGCAAUAUUUGGAUAUGACAAACAGUCCAACGAUUUGGCAUUAGUUGCUAAAGGCGAUACUGGUCUUCAAGAGCUUCAGAAUGAAUUAAGCCAAAGUAAAAUCCUGUACGCAUUCUGUGAGGUUAAGGAUGACUCAUUGAAUCUAAGACGAUAUCUACUCAUCAAUUGGCAAGGCGAAUGUGCACCGUUACAACGUAAAGGCAUCUGUAUGAAUCAUUUUGCCGAUGUUCGUAGCUUCUUUAAAGAUGCCAAUAUCGUAUUGAACGCUCGUCAUGAAGAGGAUGUCGAACCGGAAGUAUUGAUGCAGCAUGUUAACAAAUUAGCAUCACGAAUCAGGAUCGAUAAACAAACGAAUGGCACACACAAUCUGACUACGAAUGGCAAUGAUAGACAUGAUAACAAUGAUAGUGAUGAUUUGAAACCGGUUGGCACCAAUUACCAGCGAACCGUAGCUCAAAGAGAAAUCUCACUUAAAGAACGGGAACGAUUCUGGCAUCAGCAAAAAAUAGAGGAAGAACAACGAUUAAAAGAAGAAAAAAUGAAACAGACGGCUAAUCGAUAUGAUCCGAAAACAGAAUUACAACAUAAUUGCCAAACCGGCCACCAAGAAUCGCCAAUUAAAACCAACCAAAGUCAAUUGUUACGUAAAGAAAGAAUGGAAGAAGCCAAAUCUUUGAUUUCUAAAAACAGUAUAAGCAAUGCACGUGCUUUUGAACAAAAUUCUUCCACACCCACAACACAACAACAGCAGCAGAUCGAUUGUCAAUCACAAUCGACCAAAUCGGCAGCUUCAAACUAUGUGAAUCAUGUACAAUCGAUGUUAUUUCAAAAGCAACCCGAAUCACAUUCGAAUAAAGAACAACAAAAACAACCAAUCUCCGUUCCAAAUGAAGAAGUGGAUGAUGUGGUAGAAAAAGUUAUCGAAUCCAAUCAGAAUUGCAAUGAUGGUGUUGAGGAUGAAUCAUCCAGUGAUGACUCAUUUCACACAAAUCCAACUGUUGAUGAUCAACAACAACAACAGCAGCAGCAAUAUGGCUAUUAUGCUGAACCAAGGCAACUGGAAAACAUUGAAGAGGAACAAAAUGAAGAGGAUGAUGAGGCCGAAAAAAGAAAAGAAGAAUUGGAAACAGUUUCUCAAGGAUUACGGGCAAAAGCUCUUUAUGAUUAUCAAGCAGCUGAUGAUACUGAAAUAAGUUUCGAUCCGGAUGACAUUAUUACACACAUCGAACAGAUCGAUGCUGGUUGGUGGCAAGGGUUAGCUCCAAACGGUGCCUAUGGACUAUUUCCAGCCAAUUACGUUGAACUGUUAGACAAUUGAUUGAUAGCAACAAAUGGCUAUAACUUGGGAUCAACAGCAGCAUAGAAUCUGUUACGACUUAUUAUUUAUUGCUUUUCUUCAUUUUUUUGCUUGUUUGUCUGUCGAUUUUUUUUUGCUUCCAAUUGAUAUAUUUACAUUAAAUAUGAAACUUUUUAUCAUCA